AUGAGCUCGUCACAACAGAAGAAGGAGCGAAUAGACGACUUAGCAUCACUUUUCUUACCAGACACCCUACCGACACAUCAAAACACACCUAAUCUAGGGAAUGAGACCACGACCACUACCAACACGGAGUAUAACGAUAGCCAUAACCAUAACCACAACAAGCAGAUGGGAUCCAAUCUACUACUAAACAAGGACAAUGCAAGCAGACAGGAGAUGAGCGGGGAAGACAAUGGCAACCUCUCCAAUUCCACUAGCUAUCAGGACUUUCUAAACAGCAAUAAUUUCAUCAAUCGACCUUCAAACGACGUUGAGUCGGAACAACCUUAUGCACAUAUCAACCAUUUCACCCCAUAUCUUCCCUACGAGGCCAAUAUCAACCUACAGCAUUACCCCAGCUACCACAACCCUAUAUACCAGCAGUAUUUUCCUCAGCAAUCGAGUUACCAACUACAAACACUGCAGCUGGUGCCACAACAAUCGCAAUUGCAAUAUCUCCAAGAGGGACCUUUGCUGCAACUACAGUCUCCCCAGCAACUACCGCAUACAGCCAGCAACAACUUUUUGCGAGGUCUUGGAGAAUAUCUUGGCGACUGGAUUGGCAAUGGCAGCAUCAACACUGGCAUAAACAGUGGUAAUGGUAGUGGUGGUAGUGGUGGUAGUGGUAGCUAUAGCGGACAGCAGCCAAUUCAGCAACUUCCAGAAACGGACAAGGAGAAUGAACAGCCCAUGCACCCACUUGGAAGCCCCGGGAAGAAAAAAGUCAAGGGAAGGAAACGUGAUGCUCGACAAGUGUUUGAUUUCCACAUUGACUACAAGUCUGCCAAAAUGAAGAAAUUGCUCGAUUUUGAACAAUCGGGCAAGACCAGUAUCAACGAUUACAAGAUUGUCGACAACACCAACAGUGAAGUAUCGAUUGAUUUCAGUGGGUUUUUAAAUGGACGAUUCUUUACCAACGACACGGAUAACAACAACUACAUCUUUACCAAAAAUGAACUAAUGAGAAACUCAGCCAAUGUGACGCGAGGAAGCGCAAGUCCCAAAAUGGAAGAUCCAAAAGUUGUAUCGUGUUAUAGGAGGAACUAUAUUCAAGUAUUGAUGAAUAUGAAGUUGUCCGGAUUAAGCAGCGACUAUAAACUGUUGAAAUUGCAAACCAGCGAGUAUGGCUACACCACUACGCGCGUCAUCAAGUAUUUCAAGAUUGAAGUACACGCGGUGACGGAUAUCUCAAAUUCCAAAAGUGUGCCCAUAAUCAUCAGGAACGAUUUAAAAGAUCUUGAAAAGGAGAAGGAAAAAGAGAAGAAAUUGCAGAGCGUGCCCUCCGUGUCCAAGGAUGAUAUUGUGCAGCCAAGCUCGAUAACUGCUCAGGAGUAUGUCGUUGUCUUGAAUGACGAAACCAGUGCUCGAACGGGCAGCAUCGACAAGUUUUAUGUUGUUAAAAAGCUACAAUUCAAGAAUGCUACUCCCAACAAUGGCAAUUUGACGUUUCAAAACUACUAUCACUUGAAGAUUAAGCUCAGUUGCAUUGUUGCCGAUAUUUAUUAUGAUGAUUAUUUAGAUGAAGUCGAUGUGCCAACGGAUUUAAACAAGGGGGCCGGUUUUAAUAAUAAUGAGUUUUUGUUGGCCGAGUUGGUGAGUGAACCCAUUAUUGUGCGAGGACGCAACCCAAGUUUUUAUGCUGAACGCAAAGACAUGUUGAUUAAAUGCCGACAACCGAAUUCCAAAAAGAGUUUCCAACUAGCAUCUCAUGGGAUAAAGGAAAAGAACUUUCAAAGCGGUAGUGGCGGUAGUGGCGGUAGUGGCGGUAUUGGCGGUAGCAGUGGUAGUGGCGUUGGUGGUGAUGAUAACGACGAUGAUGAACAACAACAACAACAACAACAACUACAGCAAGAUCACCAUGAUGAGAAUGAUGAUGACUCACACACCGAUGGGAACGGUGGCCGAGAAGGCUUUACCGAUGAAGACGAAGAUAAAAUGGAAGAGUUUGACUAUGGAUUGAGAUACGCCAACACUAGCCAUGAUGACAGUGAUCAGGACUCGCCCAUGGACGAGGCUAAGAAGCGGAAAUUGGAACAGCAGCACCAGCAACUCUCUGGCUAUUCUACUGCCUCGUUGGAUCUUGGUGGUGCUGACAAGUACAAGUAUUUCCCCAUUUCGAGCCAUUACUAUUUGCCGCCGGUUAAUGUUGUUUAUUUCCCGCAUCGGGCGCAUCAUCCUAUUGAUAAGGAGGAAACCGAAAAUGGCUUGAGCAUGGAACCCGUUUCUGAAAGAAAGAGUUCCAAUGUUUAUUUUAAAUAG